UCCAACAUGGCUGGAAGAAGUGAAUGAGGAAGGCUUCUUGGUGUUUUGUUGUUGUCUUUCACGAAUUUCGACGCUGCUGUCGACCUAAUAGCGUCGAUCUCAAGCCAUAAAGUAGUUUAUCCUCCACAGUGGAACUUCAAAGCCUGGAAACCCUACCAUGUCGUCGGUGCAUUUGCAUACGGUGUCCGAACACGCCUCCCUCCUGCUUAUCAACCUGAACUCCAUGCGUAAGAAACACCACCUGUGUGAUGUGGUGCUUCGCAUACAAGACAAGCACUUCCCGGCCCACAAGGCGGUUCUUGCCGGCUGUAGCCAGUGGUUCUACAGUAAGUUUGUGGACCAGCUGUCUCCCAGACUCACCCUGACCAGCCCAGCACAACCCACCAUCGUCAGUCUUAAUGAGCUCACCUUAAAGGGCUUCGAACCCAUUCUGGAGUUUGCGUACACCUCUCGCAUCAGACUCACCUCCAGUAACGUGUUUGACAUCCUCUCGGCUGCCAGCUACCUGCAGAUGCACAAGCUGAUGGCAGACUGUACGUCAUUCAUGCGGUCCAACGUGGAGGUGAAGUUUCGUGAGCCUGCGGGGGGAAACGGUCGCGGAUCAGAGGCUGAGGUGACCAGUAACUUCAGCCCUCCUCACGCUGGCAGUCCGCUGCUCAACGCGUAUGAAACACCAGGGACUGUGUCAGAAGAAAGUAUGGGAGGGGAAAGAAAUGAUAACUCAUCAAGGGUUAGUCCAAAUGGAAACUUGAAUGUCAGUGAGACCAGCAAGGCACAGAACAAUGAAGAUCGUGCAUCAAGCAACAAUUCAAGACCACAUUCCAACCAAUCAGCUGCAGACAAGCAGAGCAUCCUUCAGUCUCCGGGAGAAAGCACUGCCGCCCAAGAGCAGACCGUCACCGUGAAAAAGGAACAGACCGACGAGAACCAACCCACGUGCGCACAGGCAGCCACAAGUCAGCAGAACUCUGUCAGUAACAGUGGGAUCAUGUCGGGCGAGUCAUCAGAGUUAGAGCACCACUUUGGUGACGGAGAAUCGCCCGAGCACGAUUUGCACAAGAGCGACGGAUCGGACCCCAACUUUCUUGGCUCUGUAGUCUACCCCGUGAGCUUGCACACUGUACGGAACCUCUGGCCGGACCAGUCAGAGACAGGAGCCGCUGGGGACGCCGGGACAGAGAACACCGCCACACAGGACACCGGGACAGAGGCUCAUGAUGUCAUGGACCAAAUGGCCACCCUGCAGCAGCAAGCAAGAAACUCCUUCCUUGAGUUUCAAGACAAGGAAGAGUCGAUGUUCUCCUCGAGUCCCUAUUUUCCACAAGGUUUAGAGACGGGGGAGAGCAGUAAUCUAAGACAUCUUCUGACAAACCAAGAAGCAAGCAGUAGCGGGCCUUCAAUGAUACGGGACAUUUUAACAGCCCAGGCCGCGAAUGUCACGAGCAUGGGAGCAGGGCCAAGUGUUGGGAGAGACGCCUGGUUUCACAGUCCUGAGAUGGUGGCUAGUAUGGGUCUGGAAGGGGUUAUGAGUACCAUGUCCUCACCAAUGACAAGCAGAAUGAUGGCUCCAAACCCCAACAAGACCCUACAUCCUUUCAGGGAAAAGAAAGUCACAUGCAGCAUUUGUAAGAGUCAGUUUAACAUGAUUGGUCACCUGAAGCAGCACCUGCUGCAGGUGCACAGCCACUGUCCCAAGCUGUACCUGUGUGACACCUGCGGAGCUCAGUUUGAUGAUGUUCUGAAACUCAGUAACCACAUGGUGACCCACAAAGGACGAUUCAGCUGCCAGUUUUGUGGAAAAAGGUGCAGCCAGCUGAGCAGUCUAUAUGCCCAUGAGAGAACUCACACCGGGGAGCGUCCGUACCACUGUCAGAGCUGUGGCAAGAGUUUCCGCAACAAGUCCCACCUCAACAGGCACAGACUGAUUCACACCGGAGUGAAGAGUUACCAGUGUAACCUGUGUAUGAAGAAGUUCACUCGACGAGAGGGUCUGAAGCUCCACAUGCCCAAACACGCCGAGGAGCACCCCUACCUGUGUCACAUCUGCCUCAAGGCCUUCUCCCAACAGGACCAGUUUAGCAGGCACAAGGCACAGCACAACACAAGGGGACUCAGGAUGGACAUGUAGUGGCAGACCUUCUGAAUACAUGUGUAUAGUAUUGAUGUAUUUGCAGGACUCGAAAUUCGAAAUUUGGGGAAAAGGUGCAACCUAAAAAAUUGGGUGCCCAAAAAAAAUUUUGGGUACACCAUAUGAAAUAGAAUAUCUACUGUAGAAUGUCAACAAAAACUAAUCAUGUUUUAUUUC